GAAGGCAGUACGGCAAACGAAUUGACCUAAAGAAGAGACUGGUGCUGCCCCUGGCUGUGGUGGUGGUUCUCUUCCCAUAAAGUGACACACACACACAGAGAGAGAGAGAGAGAGAGAGGCGGAGAAAGGGGAAGCAUCAAGCAUGUCGGGGGCGGUGGUGCAUCCUCAUCCAUACGUGCCGCAGGAUCUGCAGCUGCCGGGCUAUGUUCCCGUCGUCCUUUCCCAGUCCACCAUCCUUGGAGUUUACGGUGCCGCUUCCUUCUUUGUGGUGGCCCUCGUCUGGAUCGCCUCUGGUUGUUGCUCGAAGAUAACAAAAGUUGAUCGGAUCCUCAUGUGCUGGUGGGCAUUUACGGGUCUAACACAUAUCGUCAUAGAGGGAUAUUUUGUUUUCUCACCAGACUUCUACAAGAAGGAUACUCCAUUUUACUUUGCUGAAGUUUGGAAAGAAUACAGCAAAGGUGAUUCAAGAUACGCCGCUAGAGAUGCAGGAGUUGUUUCUGUCGAAGGAAUCACUGCUGUCCUUGAGGGACCAGCCAGCCUUCUUGCAGUGUAUGCUAUAGCCACAAAGAAAUCGUACAGUUAUAUACUUCAGUUUUCAGUCUGCCUGGGUCAGCUGUACGGAGUUCUUGUCUACUACAUUACCGCAUUGUUGGAGGGCGACAAUUUUGCCUCUAAUGCAUUUUACUACUGGGCGUACUAUGUGGUAGCAAACAGCUUCUGGAUUGUGAUACCCAUUCUGAUUGCCGGGAGGUGUUGGAGGAAAAUAACUGCAGUUCAAGUCCAGCAAAAGAGCAAGAGGAUCUGAUUUAGUCUAAUUGUUAUGCUUUGAAACUUAAUCAUUGUCAAAACAUUGAUUUAUCUGUGGUAGCUGUACUUUUCUAAUUCUUCCUGAGCAGGCCUGGUACUCUUAUUUGGUUUGUAAUCGUUAACAAUGACGUUCCUCUUAUUUGCUUUGUAAGCGUUAAGAAUGACAUUCCUAGUGAAUUGCCUGUGGCUGCACAAGGUGCACAAGAAAAUCUUUUGAAGUUGGUCUCCAUUUUAUUCCAAUAAAGAAAACUGAAGUAUUUCUUCUUU